AUGUCAACUACUGCCUGGACUGUCGAUCAGUGGUUGCGGUUCCACCAGGAAUCCACCCCACAGAACUCGUACGCCGCGCUUCUACAACUCGUCAAAUCCCAGCAAAUCGCACCCGCGGACCCUGCCUGGAUCUCGCUGGCAUCACCAGACAUCCUUGAACAUCAAUGGAAAAUAUUGCAAUCGAAGGCUGACAAAAGUCAGUUACCGCUGUACGGAGUGCCUAUAGCGGUUAAGGACAACAUUGAUGCCAAGGGAUUUGCAACCACAGCCGCAUGUCCCUCGUUUUCAUACGAACCCAAGGAGGAUGCCACAGUGGUAAAGUUGCUGAAAGACCAAGGAGCAAUUGUCAUUGGUAAGACCAAUUUGGACCAGUUUGCUACUGGUCUGGUCGGAACCAGGUCUCCCUACGGAAAGACGCCGUGCGCAUUUUCGCCCGACCAUGUCUCAGGUGGGUCAUCAGCUGGAUCAGCCAAUGUUGUUGCCCGAGGAAUUGUUCCGUUAGCCCUCGGAACCGAUACCGCUGGUUCUGGAAGAGUUCCGGCUGCCUUGAACAACCUGAUUGGCCUAAAACCCACCAAGGGAGUCUUUUCGUGCUCCGGAGUGGUCCCAGCUUGCCGUUCGUUGGAUUGUCCUUCAGUCUUUGCACUCAACUUGGGAGAUGCUCAAUUAGCGUUUAAUAUUCUGGCCAAGCCAGACCAUUCCGACGAGUACUCCAGACCCUUACCAUCUAAUCCUUUGCGUGCAUUCGGCCCAAAACUGCGUGUGGCGGUGCCAACCCAAAUCGACUGGUUUGGAGAGACUCAGAACCCUGAAAUUUACGCCAAAGCCGUUGAAGCUUUCAAGGAGUUGGGCGCUGAGAUCGUUCCUUUGGACUUCACUCCAUUGCUGGACCUUGCCAAAUGUCUUUAUGAAGGCACCUGGGUUGCAGAAAGAUGGGCUGCCACACGCGAGUUCCUUGCUACGAACCCACCGGUUGAGGAUCUUGAUCCGACCGUAACCGCCAUCAUUCGUGGCGGUGCUAAACAUGACGCGGCAACCUCGUUUGAGUACGAAUAUAAGCGCCAGAGACUUGUCAAGGACUUCCGUGCAUCAUGGCACGAUCUGGAUCUGAUGCUGGUUCCUACUUGUCCUUUGAAUCCUACUUUUGCACAAGUUGAAGCUGAUCCUGUUAAGUGGAACUCAAUCCAGGGUACCUGGACCAACUUUGUGAACCUGGCUGACCUGUCUGCCUUGGCAAUCCCAGCGGGAUUCAGACCAGAUGGACUGCCACAGGGUGUGACUCUUCUCUCUGAUGCGUUUUAUGAUUACGCUCUUCUGGACGCUGCUAACAGAGUGUUCAAGACAUUGUGGAAACAGCCUCGUACCCUCGGAGCCACCGAGGUUUUGGUCGGAAUUUCCGACGAACUACAUGCACUGCCCAAACCGGACCUCGAAUCCUCGGUCAAAUUGGCCGUGGUGGGCGCCCAUCUCAAGGGCUUGCCAUUGCACUGGCAAUUGCAGAAGGUGAACGCCGCUCUCUUGGAGAAGACAACUACUUCGGCUAGCUACCGUUUGUAUGCACUACCACAGGUGGGCCCUGUAGCCAAACCGGGACUCAGACGGGUAUCCGAGGGCGGUUCCGAGAUUGAGGUGGAGGUGUAUGCUGUGCCCACCGAGACUUUCGGUCAGUUCAUCGCUAUGGUUCCAGAGCCUCUUGGAAUUGGGUCGGUCGAACUGGCAUCUGGCGAGUGGGUCAAAUCGUUCAUUUGCGAGGAGAUUGGGUACUCCCAGAAGGGCACCCAGGAUAUUACCGAGCUGGGCGGCUGGAGAAACCACUUGGCAGUCAAGAAGUCUUCAACCAAGAAGCCAUUCGACACUGUUCUCGUGGCAAACAGAGGUGAGAUUGCGGUGCGCAUUAUCAAGACCUUGAAGAAACUGGGGAUUCGCAGUGUUGCUGUUUAUUCCGACCCAGACCAGUACGCAGAACAUGUGCUCAUAGCCGACGCCGCAGUUGCGUUGAAUGGAGUUUCCGCCGCACAAACGUAUUUGGAUGUGGAAAAGAUAGUUGCUGCAUGUAAAUCCACCAAUGCCCAAGCUGUUGUGCCUGGGUAUGGAUUUCUCUCCGAGAACGCGGACUUUUCAGACCGGUUAGUCAGGGAAGGCAUUGUGUUUGUGGGACCAGCCGGUGACGCCAUCCGUAAACUGGGACUCAAGCACUCGGCUCGUGAAAUUGCCGAGAAGGCUGGUGUUCCUCUAGUCCCUGGAUCUGGUUUAGUAGCCUCGGCUGCUGAGGCCCGCAAAAUUGCUGCCGAGCUCACGUAUCCGGUAAUGGUCAAGUCGACCGCCGGUGGAGGCGGAAUCGGAUUGCAGAAGGUGGAUUCCGAGAAGGAUAUUGAGCGGGUGUUCGAAACCGUUCAGCACCAAGGAAAGGCCUAUUUUGGCGAUUCGGGUGUGUUUUUGGAGCGUUUUGUGGAGAACUCACGCCAUGUUGAGAUCCAGAUGUUUGGUGACGGUUACGGAAAGGCCAUUGCUUUGGGAGAACGUGAUUGUUCCCUUCAAAGAAGAAACCAGAAGGUGAUCGAAGAGACCCCGGCUCCUAACCUUCCAGAGACCACCAGGCAGAAGAUGCGCAAAGCUGCAGAGCAACUUGGUGCUUCCAUGAACUACAAGUGUGCUGGUACCGUGGAGUUCAUCUAUGACCAACAAAGAGACGAGUUCUAUUUCUUGGAAGUCAAUGCCAGACUCCAGGUUGAGCACCCCAUCACGGAGAUGGUUACCGGAAUCGAUUUGGUGGAAUGGAUGCUGCUCAUUGCGGCGGAUAUGCCACCAGAUUUCUCGCAGCCAAUAACCGUUUCCGGAGCUUCGAUGGAGGCCAGAUUGUAUGCUGAGAACCCAGUCAAGGACUUCAUGCCUUCGCCUGGUCAAUUGACAGAGGUCAAGUUUCCCGAAUGGGCUCGUAUCGAUGGUUGGGUCAAGAAGGGCUCGGUGAUUUCUGCCGAGUACGAUCCUACACUGGCUAAGAUCAUUGUUCACGGUAAAGACCGUGCAGAUGCUCUUGCUAAGCUCCGCCAGGCUCUCAACGAGACAGUGGUUUAUGGGUGUAUCACCAAUGUGGAUUAUUUGAGAUCUGUGGCUAACUCUGCCAUGUUCGAGAAUGCACAGAUGCACACCAAGAUCCUGGAUUCUUAUCCAUACCAGCCAAUUGCUUUCGAGAUCACCAGUCCUGGAGCAUACACCACCGUUCAGGACUUCCCAGGCAGAGCCGGGUACUGGCGUAUUGGUGUUCCACCUUCUGGGCCAAUGGACGACUAUUCCUUCAGACUUGCAAACCGCAUAGUGGGUAACCACUCCAAGUCGCCUGCAAUUGAGAUCACGCUCAACGGACCAUCGAUUCUUUUCCACCACGAAGCUGUGAUCGGUAUAACCGGUGGAUCUGCACCAGUAACCGUGAAUGGUGAGCCUGUUGCGAUGUACGAGCCAGUUUCUAUCAAGGCGGGUGACAAGCUCGUGAUUGGAAAGCUUACCACUGGAUGCAGAGCUUAUUUGGCGAUUCGGGGCGGAAUUGACGUGACUGAGUACCUUGGAUCCCGGUCGACUUUUGCCCUUGGAAACCUCGGUGGCUAUAACGGUAGGGUUCUCAAGCUUGGAGACGUUUUGUUUCUGGGCCAGCCAAACUUGCCAGCCUGUUCGUUGCCAGCUCCUGUUUCAGCACCUGCAACCGUUCCUAGAGCUUUGGUGCCCCAAUUUCCAGCUAAAGAAUGGACUGUUGGUGUGACUUGCGGUCCCCACGGGGCCCCGGAUUUUUUCCAGCAGGAGAGUAUUUCCGAUUUUUUCAGCAGCCAAUGGAAGGUGCACUACAACUCUAACCGGUUCGGUGUGCGUCUGGUGGGGCCCAAACCUAAAUGGGCCCGUCCUGAUGGGGGGUCUGCCGGUUUGCACCCCUCCAAUGCACACGACUAUGUAUACUCGCUGGGAGCCAUCAACUUCACCGGUGACGAGCCAGUUAUUCUGACUUGUGAUGGACCAUCUCUUGGUGGUUUCGUCUGCGAAGCAGUUGUGGCCCAAGCCGAGAUGUGGAAGAUUGGUCAGGUCAAGCCUGGUGAUCUCAUCACGUUUGUUCCGAUCUCUUUUGACGGAGCUUUGAAACUGAAGAAGACGUUGGAUUCUGCCAUUGCUGCUCUAUCUGGUUCUUUGGCGGCUCUGGAGCCAAUUCCAGGCCCUGAGGACCCGGUUAUCACGAGAUACACCGAGUCCACCAAUUCACCAGUGGUCACCUAUCGCCAGGCCGGUGACCGCUAUGUGCUGGUUGAGUAUGGUGAGAACACCAUGGACCUCAACCUCUCGUACAGAGUGCACAAACUGAUCGAAAUGGUCCAAUCGCACAAGACCGUUGGAAUCGUCGAGAUGUCGCAAGGUGUCCGCUCGGUUUUGGUGGAGUUUGACGGUUCGGUGAUCUCGCAAUCCACUCUGGUAGAAACUUUGUUGGCUUACGAGAAGGAAGUCUCUUUUACCAACAAAUGGAAGGUUCCCUCAAGAGUGAUCAAGCUUCCAAUGGCAUUCGAGGACAAGAAGACCCUGGAUGCUGUUCAGAGAUAUUCCGAGACUAUCCGCUCCAAUGCACCCUGGUUGCCCAAUAACGUGGACUUCAUUGCGAGCGUAAACGGAAUCGAAAGAUCCACAGUGAAGGAUAUGCUAUACGCAGCCCGUUUCCUGGUUCUUGGACUUGGUGAUGUUUUCCUGGGAGCUCCAUGUGCAGUCCCAUUGGAUCCUCGUCACCGCUUCCUCGGAACCAAGUACAAUCCUUCAAGAACGUUUACCCCCAACGGAACGGUGGGUAUUGGUGGAAUGUACAUGUGUAUCUACACGAUGGAAUCGCCUGGUGGAUACCAAUUGGUGGGCAGAACCAUUCCGAUCUGGGAUAAGCUAUCUCUCGGAAACCAUUCCACCAUAAAUAACGGCGGAAACCCAUGGCUCCUUUCACCCUUUGACCAGGUGGAGUUCUAUCCGGUUUCCGAGGCAGAACUGGAUAAGUUCAGCGAGGAUGCUAGCCACGGAUUUUUCAACGUGGAUAUCGUUGAUAGUGUCUUCGACCACACCAAGUAUCUGGAGUGGGUGACCGCCAACAGCGAUGCCAUCGAGGAGUUCCAACAGGCCCAAGGUGGUGAGAAGAUGGAGGAGUUCAAUAGGCUUAUCCAGAUUGCCAACGACGAACUUUCCAAGUCCAGUGGGCCAAUCGUGGACGAGAACGAGAAGUAUCCGGACGAGGCGGAAUUGGUUUACUCUGAGUAUUCCGGCCGUUUCUGGAAACCACUUGUCGAAGUUGGUGAUGAAGUCAAGGAGGGCCAAGGUCUGGUCGUGGUCGAAGCCAUGAAGACAGAAAUGGUGGUGAACUCACCAAAGAACGGAAAGGUGUUGAAGGUGGUUCACAAAAACGGUGACAUGGUGGAGGCUGGAGAUUUGGUUGUCGUUAUUGUUUAA